ACAAAUCACAACACAUGCUUGAUAAUACACUUCUAUAUCCAUUAAUCUGUUUAUUGACUUUCUUGUUUGAAGCUUAAGACACAAUCAUUCAAACUUCACUCAUCCAUUCUGCAUCCUGCAACAAUAUGUCAGUAAGUAUACACACUGUAAAAGAUAUUGCUCAAUAUGGAGGUCUUCUUGUUAGUUAUGGGGUACCUGAUUGGAUGGCCAAAGUCUUGCAGAAAUUUGAAAGGAGAAAGAACAAACUCAUUUCAAAUCGAGAUCGCGUGCAACUAAAAGUUGAAUCAAUUGAUCAUAAAAUUGAAAAGGUUAGUGAUGUUGUGGUUGAGUGGCUAAAAGAAACUGAGAUUCUCAUGCAAGAUAUGGAGAAUCUGAAAACACAACCAAGAAUAUCAUCAUUGAAUGAAUAUAUGAAAUUGCGGAAAAGAAUAAAGGCGCUCAAUGUUAAAUGUGUGUUUGAUCCAUUUUCAACUCCGAUUCUAAGUUUAGAACGCUUCUCUUCUGAAGACAAUUUUAUGUGUUUCGAAUCUACAGAGAAGGCUUCGGACGAACUUUUAGAGGCACUGGAAGAUGAUAAUUGUUCGAUAAUUGGAUUGUAUGGUAGACACGGUUCUGGUAAAACAACGUUGGUGAAAGCAAUGGGUAAGAAAGUCGAGCAUUUAAAGAUUUUUUAUGAGGUUUUGUUUGUCAAUGUGACACAAAACCCAAAUAUCACAACAUUGCAAGAUGAAAUUGCUGAUUUAUUGAAUAUCAGAUUUGAUAGAUUGUUGAAUAUGAAAUUUGAUAGAAACGGUGAAGCCAAGAGAGCAAGAAGAAUAUUGUCCACAAUAGAAAAUAUGGACCGUCCAAUACUUGUGAUAAUUGAUGAUGUUAGGUCAAUAUUUGACCUAGAGCGUGUAGGCAUUCCUUGUAAUAGUAAUCGGUGCAAGGUCCUUUUGACCACACGUUGCAAACAAGAUUGUGACUUAAUGCGUUGUCAAAGGAAGAUUCAACUUGAUCCCAUAUCUACAGAGGAGGCUUGUACUUUGUUCAAAGUAUAUUCAGCCAUUCAUCAUGAAGAGAAUUCUGAAUUAUUGAAUGUGGCACGCGAAGUUGCUAUUGAAUGUGAAGGGUUACCUAAAAAUAUUAUAAAGGUGGGAUCUUCUCUAAGAAGUAAACCCAUGGAGGAAUGGAAAGCAUCACUAGAAAAUUUGAAAAACCCAAUUGCUCAUUGGCAAAUGUUCCUCAGUUUUAGAGGGAAAGAUACUCGCGACUCUUUUACAGGAUUUCUUUAUCAAGCUUUACGUCAAGGGGGAUUCAAAACUUUCUUAGAUAAUGAAGGACUGCAAACUGGAGAACAAAUUGCACCUUCUCUUAAAGACGCAAUUGAAACAUCAAGACUUUCGAUUGUUGUUUUAUCCGAAAACUAUGCAAAUUCAGCAUGGUGUCUUGAUGAGCUUGUCAAGAUUUUUGAAUGUGCAGAAUUGAAGAAUCAAUUAGUUUGGCCAAUCUUUUACAAAGUAGAUCCAUCAGACAUAAGGCAUUUGAGAAAAAAUUAUGGCAAAGCCAUGGCUCAUCAUGAAAAAAUACUUGGAGUUCACUCAGAAAAAGUACAAAAAUGGAAGUCGGCUUUGUUAAAAGUGUCUGAUUUGUCCGGAAAGCAUUAUAAAACUGGAUACGAAUAUGAAUUUAUCCAAAAGAUCGUGGAAGAUGCCAAACAUAUUGAAAAUCGUUUGCAAAUUGAACUAGAAGAUCAUAGAAGAUGCCAAGCAAAUUAAAAAUCGUUUUGCAUGGCAAAUUGAAAAUAUAUUGUGUUUAGCCGUUGGUUCUGGUUUUUAGUGUUGUAAUUUUGUUUUGUUGUAAUAUUUUUACAAGUCUUUUGCUUAGUUAAGAAAAAAAUGUAAGAUAUACAUCUAACAUUUUUUUUUUGUGUUGACUCUAAUUUCAGAUAUUUAAUUCAGAUUUUUUCAAAUAGUUCUUUCUUGGAGAAGUUCAAUGAUUCAAUCAUUGUUCUUUACGGUUCAUUUGUUGUUGACACACCCAAAUGUUUGGAGUAAUUUUUGUUAAAAGUUAAAAAAUUAAAUGCAUUUUUGGUCUUUAAAAUAAAAGUUUUGCUUGCUUAAUUUAAAAACCAUAAUUUUGGUCCCGAGUUCUAAUUUUUCCGUAGUUUUUGUUAAUGUGUCAAGAUCAU